ACAACUGAAUGAGGGGGACGAUAUAUAUGUACAUUAAUAAUCGGCAGAUGAAGACGACAGCUAUUGAUGAAGACGACGUUUAUUGCUUUGUUAAUGAUCGAUUGAUCAACAUUGGCUUUCACUUGUGGGACUGAAUAUGAGGAAGAAACAGAGGAGGAUAUCUUGCGGCCAUUGCCAUAACUGAAGAUGGGUGAGCCCUUGCAAUAGAAAACUGAAUGUAGGUGUGAAAAGAGGCGUUUUCUAUCUUCGCAAGCUCACAUUUGUGGACUCGCUCUGCAUGUGCAAGGGAACUUAACCGCUACUUUCUAUUUCAAGAUGAUGCAGAAAUCUUAUAUUCAAAAGACAAAACAAUUUCCCGCGCUAGCGCACCGCGGGCAUGCGCAUUCAUCUUUCUUUGCCCGCAUGCUGCGCAGCAAAAUAUCCCACCUGUCGUUGUUUUAGGUUAUUAUGGUCCUAUGCAAAUGUGACAGACCAGACGACGGUAACGCCAGAAUACGACUUCGUCAAGAAAGAUGAUGGAUAUAUAAAAAGAUCCAAAGUGCAUGUAAACUGUCAAUAUUAAUAUCUGGUAUGGCUACACAUUGGGCGACUGAAACAAAAGAAAAAGUCAACCAUGCAAAACUAUGUCGGCUCCUUUAUGAUGGAGGAGGAACUGCUGUGAGAUCUGUAGUGGAUCAUCAUUGUCCACCAGCAACUUUGGCAGCAACUCUUAAAGCUAAGAAACCACAACUACAGAAACUCAGGAAGCCAAAAGGGAAGGUUUUGAAUAUUGAACAGUGGGACAAGCUCUACCCUUCCAGUGGUACCAGCCCCAGUACAAAAGAUAUUGACAUCACUUUGUUAUUUGUUCUUAUAAGGAACAUUUGUGGACUUACUAAACCAGCUACUGGAUGGGAUGCUUUGCCACCACCAGUUGAUACAUCAACUGAAGCUAACCUUGCAAGGAUUAAGUAUUACAGAAACACUGUUAUUGGUCACAGUGGAAAUGCUGAAGUAGAUGAUAUACAGUAUGAGGCAUACUGGAAGGACAUUUCAAUUGCUCUUGUUUCACUAGGACUCGACCAAGAUGAUAUCGAUGACUUAAAGUCACGUCCUUUGGGAGUUGAAGACUACAACAAACUGUUGAAAGAAUGGCAGUCAGAAGAAACUGACAUCAAGUCUUCUAUGGCAUCAGGAUUUACACACAUUGGAGAAAAAAUUAGCCAACUUCAAAAGUCAAUACCUAGUGAAACUCAUAAGCUUUUUCACCAAGAAUUCAGAAGCCAUAUUUCUUCAAAAUGCAGUCUGUAUCAUCCAAACACAAGAGCUUGGAUAUUGGAAAAAGUCAAAGCUCAAGUUGAAUCUGAUUUCAAGGAAGUCUUGGUGAUACAAGCUGGGCCUGGCAUGGGCAAAUCAGUACUUGCUGCCAGAAUAUGCCAAACGUAUCAAGACAGUCAAGAAAACCAAAGUAUCCUUGCUGCCUGUCAUUUCUUUCAACACAACGAUCCCUCUCGAAAUAACCCAAGGUUAAUGCUGCAGUCUGUUGCAUGGCAGCUCUGUCGCUAUCUUCCAGAAUACAAAGUUGCUGUAGAGAAGGUUCUGCAAUCAGACCACAUGAGAAACCGCGAUAUCUCAAAUCUAAGCUGUACAGAACUUUUUACUUUGUUAUUUGAAGAGCCAUUUUCGCAUCUUGGUCAUGAGCCAACAGGCAAGCUUGUUGUUGUCAUAGAUGCCCUUGAUGAGUGUUGCAACAGUUUGAAGAAAGAAUUCUUCCAAGUCAUUCGUGAAAGACUAUAUUAUUUACCAUCAUGGCUGCGAUUUGUCAUGACAACAAGACCACCUCCAAGUAUUUCUUCUCAAGUAUCAGGGGCCACAACUGAAAUUGAUCCAAAAGAUUCACAGAAUACUGAAGAUCUUCAAAGCUUUUUCUCUGACAAACUGAAAGAGCUGCCCCACUUUUCUUCUGAUCAGCAACAGCACAGUCACAUGGAACAACUUGUUGAUUUGACUGGUGGAUUGUUUCUGGUGGCCUCCUUUGUUAUCGAUUUCUUAAAGAAGCCAGGGAUUAACUCAUUAGCAGAAACACUUGAGCACUUCCCAAAAGGCAAAGGUAUCACAGCUGUCUACGAAGACUACUUCUCUAGACUACAUGACGAAAUAACUCCACACUUAAAAAGUGAAGAAGGAUUCUACAACAUGCUUGAUGCUGUAGUUAAAGCUAAAUCUCCAAUCGAGAAGAACAUUUUCUAUGAUAUCCUUGGUUUGCCGCUGAAAGAGACAAGGGUACCAAACAACAAGAAAAAAGAGGCCAUCAACCUUCUUCAUCAAUUGUUCCCUGUAGAGAACGAUCACGUGUCACCAUUCCACAAGACCGUUGUUGAUUGGUUGACAACUGGAGACCAUGACUUUGUUGCUCAAGGGGAUGGAAUUGGUGUACUUGCCAGUGCUUGUUACAAUGCCCUAUUGAAUAUGAAGCAAGAAAUGUCGAAGAAACAAAAUCAAACAACCCACAUAACAGACAAAGAAAUCUAUGCUUUUGAGUUUGGAUUCGAUUAUAUGGAAGAAAGUUUCAAUGAAGAGAAACCAAAGAGAUUGGCACUUGAUUAUCUCAGAGAGAACCGUCUCCCGUACCAUGAAAGGGAGACACUUCUAAAACUUACAUACACUGCUGAAGAUGCACAGAUUCUUCCAUGCAAUGGCGGUUUUUUUCUCGUAGCAAAGUGCAAUAAAAAGACGUUGGUGAAGAAAUAUCGACUCGAUGGAGAACUCAUCGGUGAACUCCAAUUUAGCUUAAAUGCCAUUCUACGCAUGGCCCAAGAUAAUCACUCCAUUAUGGUUCAUGACUACCAGUACCAUCCUGGAGAUGACAUUACGAUUGUAGAUGCUGCCACCAUGAAGAAGGUCACUAGCUAUAGAUUACCAAAUUUGCCCAAGUCUUUACAUGUGUUUGGCAGUCAGCCCUGGUACAUCGUGGCAAGAUGCUUCAACAAUAAAAUCUACAUCGUGGAAGGAAGAACGGGUACAUUGGUGGGAGGUCCUUGUGAAGUACAACAGAACGAGGAUGUCCUUUCUGUGAGCAAUGAAGGGCACAUUCUUUUGGUAAGAACCAGUGCUGCUCAUCGUUUUUCCACUAAAAUUGUUGACUUGAGAUUCACAGACGAAGACAGACUAUUUUGUUAUCCAAUGCUAUGGCUAGACGUACAGAUAGGUGAUGAACUGUAUGGAAGUGAACAAUUCGACAACCAUGUUGUUUCUCGAGAGUUGUUCAUCUGCAAUCAUGAAGAUGUUGUCAAUCGAAUUCCCAUCUAUUUCAGACAUUUAAGGUGUCGAACAGCUAGUUACGUCAAUUCAGCAGGUAAAGAUCCGUCCGCGGUUUUAUUCUCUGAAAGUGGAAGUCUUCUGGCGAUCUACUAUGCUCAUAGCAUUACAGUAGUAAACACAUCAGAUGGCUCUCUGUACGCAAGCGUCUGUCUAUAUCAUAAUUGCCCAAGCUUCGGCCCCCACACUAAGAUCUUAUACCUAUCAGAGGGAAGGGUUGUAAUCAAGGGUUACAAGAGUAUCUUCUCCUUCAGCUUCACUGGAGAAAGCCGCCCGGCGCGUCGUGUUGCUAUAGAGCACGUUUAUUUCCUUCCUGAGGAUGUCAGGAUUGGUCUUGUCUCCAGGAGCUCAAAUAACAUCAAAGAACUUUGGUUUAAAAGGGUCAAGCGCGAUUAUUUGAGUCUUCAAAAUACUUCUAAAGAAGUUGAAUAUACUCUUUCCAUUGAGAAACAUAUGUUUUUGGAUGGAUGA